CGCGCGACAAACAAAACCACCACGCGUUGUAUAGUUGCUGUUGUGGUGUAAAUUGUUUGUAAACUAUAGGAUUGUCUACAAUUUGGAGUUACACAUUACGCACAAACUAUCAAUUGCAAGCUUUAAUAACUCGUGGAAUAAUAAUAAUAAUUGCUAACAUUAAAAAACAUGUUGGUAGAGUCUGUGGAUCUCGGGGGCUAAUUCAAUCAGAAAAAACAAGCGUAAGUGUUACCUGUUCUAUUGAAAAAUAUCCACUCCGGGCGACAACAUUCGUUGAAGUAGUAGAAAAUGUUCUGGUAGCUCGCUAAGAAGCCCGUUAGAGCUGCUGCCAUGCCCACCGCGAUGCUGGUACUGAUGGGCUCGAUGGCCUCCGUGGUGCCGGAGCACAGGAGGACCGUCACCAGGAAGACGUGCAGCUUCAUGUCGAGAUAAAACGCAAUUCAAGCCGGGAAAGUUAUUUCCUUCCCCAAAAGUCAACACUGCCAACACCGGAAGCCAUGCAUUUUGGGACCCGGAUCAUGGCGUCACAGGUCAAAGGUAACAAUGCGCUUUUUUGCCAAACAUUCAGAAAGUAGGACAAUGUUCAACAAACCGUGAUAAUCUCAGUUAUAUUUCAUCUAAUUUAUAUUGUUGCAUAUAUAUAUAUAUAUAUAUAUAUAUAUAUUCUAAGUGAUCUUUAAGAAUACCAUUGUAUUUUUGGAGUGGAGGGGAACUGCUCCAGCAGGUGGCGCUACGACUGCUAGCUAGAUGUCUUUUGACCAACGAAAAGUCAAACAAUCAAGAUGGCGUCGGCGAGAAACAGAAACGUCUGCCGUUUGGGAAACAAUUGAAAAUACUAGUAAGUGAGUGCCUCUGCAGUGUUUUAUUCUAUGCGCUGCGGGUCAUAUAUUAGUUUGUUCCGUUAACUGGACAUUGCGACACUUUGUAGUAAAUAAGACCAUAGCGACGCCGGCUAUGUUGGCGUCGAGCUAACGUAUUAAGCUAGGUUGGUUGUUAGCGGUGGCGAGUGGUUUUCAUAGUGACACCGGUACACGGUGGAACAACUCACGGACCCGAAGAUGGACAGUGUGUCCGGGUCGGUUUCGGAGGGCUGCCCCCUUGGCCCCGAGGACAUGGAGGGCCUGUGUGUCUUGCCACACUUGGGCACAAUCAAGACGGAGCAGUCGGGGCCCGUUCACCCGGAAGAGGCCGGCAACCCCAACGUUGCCAUGGGGAUUAAGUUCAUCCUGCCCAACCGCUUUGACAUGAACGUCUGCUCCCGGUUCGUGAAGUCGCUCAACGAGGAGGACAGCAAGAACAUCCAGGACCAGGUAAACUCGGACCUGGAGGUAGCGUCGGUUCUCUUCAAAGCUGAGUGCAACAUCCAGACUUCACCCUCACCGGGGAUCCAAGUGCGCCAUGUUUACACUCCAUCCACCACCAAACACUUCUCCCCCAUCAAGCAGUCCACCACCCUCACCAACAAGCACCGCGGCAACGAGGUGUCCUCCACGCCUCUCCUGGUUCAUUCUCUAUCCAUCCAUCAGCUGGCAGCUCAAGGUGAAAUGGUCUUCCUGGCCAGCAGGAUCGAACAAGAAACGGUGAUCAACCUGCAGGACGAGGAAGGUUUCACUCCUCUGAUGUGGGCGGCUGCACACGGACAAAUUGCUGUCGUGGAGUUUCUCCUCCAGAAUGGAGCAGACCCCAACUUCCUGGCCAAAGGCAGGGAGAGCGCUUUGUCCCUGGCGUGCAGUAAAGGAUACACGGACAUCGUCAAGAUGCUCAUCGACUGCGGCGUGGACGUCAACGAGUACGACUGGAACGGUGGCGCCCCCUUGCUGUACGCAGUCCACGGGAACCACGUGCGCUGUGUGGAGCUGCUGCUCGAGAGUGGCGCUGAUCCCACCGUGGAGUCCGACUCGGGCUUCAACCCCAUGGACAUGGCCGUGGCCAUGGGCCACCGCAACGUUCAACAGGUGAUGGAGGGACACCUGCUGAGGUUACUAAUGGCCAUCAGAGAGUGAUGCCCCCCCCCCACCCCACCCAAGAGUGGUUUGUCCACACUCUGCAUGCACACUUUUAUUAUUGUGGUUUGGACACAUUUACUUUCAAGUAGGAUAUUAUUUAUUUAUUAAUGUUAUUACUUUUCAAAGUAAGACUUGCUUAUGUUUGAUUGAAGGAGCACUUUGAGUACUUUUUAAUUUAUUUGAGUAAGUUAAAUGACAACUAGUGUUUUUCUAUAUAUGUUGUGUUUAGUGUCCCAUGCGCUAACUAGCAUCUAUGAAGCUGAUGUUGACUUGAAACUAUUAGUGAUACAUUCUGACAAAAAGACGCAUCGUACUCUCUGUAGUUAAGUAAAUGGGUCACGUGUUGAAUGUUUUUCCAGGCAAACAUUAAAAUGGAAAUGUUUCAA